GAACAUUUGUAUCUGCUUUCACCGUGCUAUGUGGAGCCCGAACUGACCUCCCCGACAGGCACAUGUGUUGUGUCUUCUGGCUGAACAUUGCCGCUGCUCUGAUUCAGAUCCUGACGGCGAUCGUGAUGGUUGGCUGGAUUAUGAGUAUAUUUUGGGGGAUGGACAUGGUCAUUCUCGCAAUUUCACAAGGCUACAAGGAACAGGGGAUCCCACAGCAGCUGUAG